AUGUCUACUGUCAAUAAAAAGUCUAUUGAGUGGUUUAAUCUUCCUGCGCAACUCUACAAGUAUGCUAAUUGCUUGAGCGAGUAUAUAAAACGCAAGGAAUACAAUAAUGAAGACGAUUUUAUGACUUUCUAAAUGCUUUACUUUAAGCUUAUGGAUAUUUAUAAAUACUUUGAUGAAAAUAAAGUUCUGAAUAACUUUAUCCCUGAAGAAGAGUUAUUAGCAGUUUUUAAGAGAAAAUUAAUAAGAUACAGAAUGCAUUUUCUUGAUUUAUAUAACGAGUUCAGCUCCAUGCUAGACUAAAUCGUCAUGUAUAAAAAGAAGAAAAAAAUGCUUUCUUCUAUCAACUUGUCUACUAUUCGUGAGACUCAUACUUUAAGCGAGAGUAGUCUAAGACCUCUUUAAGAAAGUCCUAAUUCUAAAAAGGAAUAAAGCGCUGCUUAAUCAAUCUAAAAGAAGUCCAUUAAAACUGUUUUACUGUUGCUAACAAGCUAAUUUAAAGAAAAUAUAAAAAAAAUAAAACCCAUUUAUGAAGAGAUUGUCAAGCUAACACCUCCUCUAACUCAAAACUUACAUAAUUAGGUGCAAAAGAUGAGUCUUUCUAAACAAAAUUCCUCUCACUAAAAUGAAAAUCCAAAGAGUAGCUUUGCUUCUCAAUAAUCGAACCCUUCAUUUAAUUCUUCUAACUUUUCUCUGCAGUCUUCUAAAUCUCAGGAAUCGAUCGAAAAUAUUAUGAAAACUUUACUUUCUUUAGCUUAAUCUAUAAAGCUACAAAUCAGAGAGAUAGAGAACCAGACUCAAAAUCUCAGCGAAUUCCAAGAACAUCAGGCUAAAUUCAAAAACAGCAAAGUAGCUUUCUUCAACUGCAUCGGUGCUAUUGAAAUAUAUUGGAUGCUCAGAUUUGACAAUGUUUCUGAUUUCUUGAAGACACAAAUUAAAUAGCUUCAAAAAGGAAUGGAAAUGUUCCUUGAAAAACUCAAAAAGAAUGCAAAAAAAAAUGAAACAAGCUAAAUUAUCUCAGCUACAGAAAACUAAAAGAAAGAUUCUUAAGAUCUUAUUAAAUUUCAUGUAUAAUAACCAGAGAUUUCUAGAAAUCCUUCUAUGAAUUAAUCAAAUUUAUAAGAAAAUCUGAGUGAAGGAUACAGCAGUCACAGUUCUUAAGAACUCUACUAUACAGCAAAGUCAAAUCAGCUUCCAAGAUAUAAAAUAUCAGAACAGAUCGCUUUAGAAGAAAUACCUGAAGAAGAUCAAGGUAAAACUUCUAUCACAAAUGACAAUAAUUUUUACUGCUACCAAAGUCAGCAAUCCGAGCUAGAAUCUAAGGACGAAAAUGACAUUUAAAAUAAUACUUUAUCACAAUCUUACAAUAACAAUGAAAAGUUCUCCUUAAACUCAAAUUUUCAAUUCAUUUUAAAGCAAGGAGAAAGCUCAGAUAACUUAUUUAAGUCUAUCCUAAGCAAUUCCGAUAUAAACAAAGAAUCUCAAAUAAAAAUAAAUUAAAACGAUAUCGAAUACAGAAUCGAAUAAACUAUCAGCUUAAACAUCACUAGCAGGGAGUCGAAGGAACAAAAUAAGACUAACACUUAAAGCAAUUAAGAUAGGAGAUAAAACGCCCAAUAAAUUUAAGUAAAUCAAGCUGACUCUUAAAAGACGUCCUCAACAAAAUCUUAAGCUAAUCCCUCAAACCCUUCAGGUAUGUCAGAAAUGAUGACCUAAAACUAAACGUGGAUGAAUGAUAAGCAAAGGUAAUCCAAAAAGCAACCUGACGAUAAGCUCAUCAGCAUAGGAUACUGUUUGUGCAUAUCAAAAAUAUCUUGA